UUGAAGUCAGUAGCCAUGGCCUGCCUGAUCCAGAGGGCAGCCAGUAACAGUGCAGAGUAUACUGAGAUGGAUCUGAAGUGGAAUCCUGGCAGGGUUUCUCAUCCAGACUCAGCUGCAUACCAGGUGACUGAUUUGAGUUGGCGAGGCAACCUAAAUCCCAGUCCACUGAUUAAAGAUGAUGGAGAGCUACUUGUGGAGGAAUACCUUUCCCCCAGGAAACUGAAAAUUUUGACAGGGGUAGAUGAUCUACAUCAAGUGAAUGCCCUAGAGGUGCGAGUAGAUACAAGAGAGAACAGCUUGGGGAACUUUGGUGCCUAUUUACCUAAUCUGAGAGAACUGAGGUUGAACAAUAGCUUGCUUAUGUCUGUGAGGGAUCUUGGAACCACAUUGUCCCAUCUCUAUGUCCUGUGGAUGGCUCACUGUGGGCUCGCAGAUUUAGAUGGGAUCUCUUCCUGCAGCUCUCUAAGAGAACUCUACAUAGCCUAUAACAAUAUCUCUGACCUGAGCCAGCUGCUCUGGCUGGAUCACCUUGAGGUUUUGGACCUGGAAGGGAACAAUAUUGAGGACAUCAACCAGAUGCAGUACCUGGGACUUUGUUGCAAGUUGAGCUGCCUGACAGUGGAGGGCAACCCUAUCUGUUUGAAGCCAAAUGCAGAAUCUGCAGAGGAACCAGAUUAUAAUUACAGAGCUGAAGUAAAAAAACUCAUUCCCCACUUGGAAUAUUUGGAUGAAAUACCAGCAAGCCAGACUGCUCUCCUUCCUUCCAAUAAGAUGCAUGAGGACUGGCUAAUCAUCAAGGAAUCCAUCAAGGAAGGUGGUUUAGCUGGAGACAUUUCAUGGUUAGCUCCAGGUGUGCAGCAGCAGUUCCCCUAUUGGCAGUGUGCAGUGAUGGUGUGGUUUGAAGCCUUGAAUGACUGUGCUUACUCUAGCAAAAUCUCUCCCUUAGAUCCAUGCCUUGGGGCAGUAGCAAGGCAGUCUAGAUGGAGCCCAAGAACCCCAGCAGCUUCCAGACCUGGCACUGCACAGUCAUCUGCUCAUGCAGGGGGAUCUAGCAGUGCCUGCCUCUUGUAUGGUGGCGGUCCUCUUCCAGAUCCCACUGUUUCUGACAAGCUGUUCACAGAAGAUGACUCCAGUGACUUGAUACAUGGACUCAGUCAAGUUACGUGUGGGAGCCACACCGAGGCUCUUUGUGCAAGGAGGCAAAAGCUAGGUCCACCUGUAGUGAGCCCUUUGAAACUCUGUGGUCUGAGGACAGAAAAGCUUUACAGCUCUGCAGGAGGAGGAAGUCUGCACCAGGAAGAUGUGCUCUCUGAACUGUGCGCCAACAGAGAGCAGCAAAAGAGGUGCCUGCAUAGAGGACAGCAAGAAAAAGUCACCCAAGCACUGAGGAUAACUCUCAGUGAUGAGGAAGGGGGUGAACACUCCAGCCUGACUGACAGUUAUGAAGGUGCGUUGAGCAAGACCUCUGAUAAGGACCUCAUUGAAAGGAUUUCACUUGAUUCUCCUUGCCACUCCUGCCUCUCCCAGUCUUCCUCAGGUUCAUCACAGGCUCAGGAAGGUGCAGUGUUCUCCAACCCAAACCACUGCCUAAUUCCAUCUCCUCCAAAAGCCCCUUCACCUGUAUCUGUAACAGGUGUAGCAGCAAGAUCCUGGAAAAAAAGGAACCGCAGGAUAAGAUGCCUAAAAUCACCUAGCCAAGAGGAGAGGCAGUGGAUACAGCAAUGCCAGCCAAGGGCUCAUCAAGAAACUUCAGCCCAGCCUCUGGGCAAGAAAUUUGCUCUUCUGAGCCAGCACAGCAUACUGGCUGCCUCUGGAUCUCCAGGGCAGCACCAGCCUGCUGGAAGCACUGGCCAGCAAAGGCCUACUUCAAUACCAACAGCUGUUGGAUCAACAAGCAUCAGGCCCAUCGUGGAUGAGAGCCCUCCUGGAGAGAUCAACCACCAUCAACCAGCUGUCUGCUCAUCUACAGAAGCCCCACAGUGGUCUGGACUGAUGAACACUGCUUGGCCCCUGACUGCCAGGGCCAUGCUGCAGCCAUUGCCACACAGACCUGCUUCCUCAACAUCUCAAAGUCCCCAGUCAUAGAAGGUACCUAGGUGGCAGUAUGUGUUGGAUCUACAUACACAGCACAGUCUUGAAGAAUUGAUGCUAUCUUCUUUCAGCUUCUUUUACAAGCUAAAUGCAGAGCUGUGCAAGUAGAGCAGUUCAAACAAAUGACAUGAUUUGCCUCAAUUAAGGCUACAGCUGGUCCAGAACUGCUUUCUUCAAAGAGCACCUGCUGAUCAACAGAAGAGCUAAUAAACCUCUUAUUAUAGACAAA